AUGUUCAGAUCGACACAAUACAUUACAAUAAUUAUCAAGAAAAGGCAGAAUCUGGAGGCAGAGCCUUAUAUUCGCGUAGAGUUCAACCUCGAGAGGGUACACGGAACCUGCACUAUUCACGAGGCUGACUGUGGCAUAGGGACAGUCAUUUCCGGACUCAAGGAUGAUUUAUCUCAUGUGUUUGGACUAUCUGGUGGACAGCAGCGAUGGCUUUACAACAGCACAGAGCUCCAAGAUAGCAGCACCCUUGAGGAAUAUGGCAUCUCUGCCGGCUCCACGCCAAAACCACAGAUCAACGUGAAAAUAAUGUGA